AUGAAUUCCAACUACGACCUGUUGGGUUCAGACAUAAGAAAGAUUGAUAUCAAGACCGCCGACACGUUUCACGGGAACGGGGACAAGGUAGAUGCUUAUGUGGCUGAAGUAAGGCUUUAUCUGGAUCUUAGAGGAAGAGGCAUGAAUGAUAGAUUUAGAGUUGUGUGGGCGGCUAGUUAUUUGAGGGGGAAAGGAGGAAGGUGGUGGCAAGCGUACUAUGUCAAGUCGGAAAAGGACCAGCCAGAGUGGGCUUUCAACUUGAGCCUUUUCUUGGAACAGGUGAAAAGGAUGUUUGGAGCUCCUGAUAGACACCGCUACGCGGUACAACGUCUAAAACGUCUUUGUCAAGACAAGUCGGGCAACCGUAAUAAAGAAGGGGAUAGACAGAGGACAAAUACACCUAAGGGAAAUCCUACUACGUCUUCUCCGAAAUCUACAUAUGGUCGGCGCGAUUCCAACAACCAGAAUGCCAAGAAAACGGAUUACAACAAGUCCAAAUCUAACUCUAGUAGGAAGAGUCUCACCUACGACGAGAAGAAAUACAGAUGA